CCCCGCCACGCACCUGCACGCGAUCCCAACCGCGCCGGAUGCCUAGAUCCCGAGCGCACUGCGCACGCAACCCCGUUCCCAGCCAGCACACCGCCACCAUUAUAUAACGCCCCCCGACUCUCUCUCCUCCCUCUCGGAUUCCACUUGGACUCUGCCACCACCACCCGCGCCACGCCACGCACAAGCGAAACAGAGCCCGACCAGAGCAGCGCCGCGCGAUCCUCCUCAGCAGGCCCGCAGCCAUGGGGCGGCGGCCGAGCGCUUCCAACGCCGCGGCGGUGGCGUCGGCGGAGCCUCUGCUCCCGUCGGCGCUGAAGCGUGGCGUGAUGGAGCGGUGCGCGUCGCGCCCCGACGACGAGCUCCAUUGGUUCCGCUCCUGCCUGCGCUGGGUGUGCAUGGACCACUCGGGCCCGUGCCAGUCCGCGCUCUCCUGGCUCCUCUUCCUCGCCCUGUCCGUCGUCGUCCCGGCCGCCGCCCACUUCCUCCUCGCUUUCCGCGCCUCCCGCCGCCCCAUCUCCGCGGUCGUCCAGCUCUCCCUCUCCGCCGCCUCGGCCGCGGGCUUCCUCUGCCUCUCCUCCUCCUUCCGCCGCAUCGGCCUCCGCCGCCUGCUCUACCUCGACAAGCUCCGCACCAAGAGCGACCGCGUCCGGUUCCACUACACGGCGCGCCUGGCCUUCUCCUUCCGCCUCCUCGCGUCCCUCGUCGCGCCAUGCUUCGUCGCCGAGGCCGCGUACAAGGCCUGGUGGUACGCCACCUCCGCCGACCGCGUCCCCUUCUUCGCCAACGACGUCCUCAGCGACGUCCUCGCGUGCUCCCUCGAGAUGGCGUCGUGGAUGUACCGCAGCGCGGUCUACCUCCUCACCUGCGUCCUCUUCCGCCUCAUCUGCCACCUCCAGGGGCUCCGGCUCGAGGACUUCGCGGGGUCCCUGCUCGAGGACGUCGAGGAGGGGCGCACCGGCGUCGCCAGCGUCCUCAGGGAGCACCUCGACAUCCGCAGGCAGCUCAAGGUCAUCAGCCACAGGUUCAGGAAGUUCAUCGUCGCCGCCCUGCUCAUCACCACCGCCAGCCAGUUCGCAUCCGUGCUCCUCACCACGCGACGUGACUCCGUCGACAACCUCCUCACCACCGGCGAGCUCGCGCUAUGUUCAGUCGUGCUCAUGUCCGGGCUCAUCAUAAUCCUGAACAGUGCCGCGAAGAUCACCCACCAGGCGCAGGCUCUCACCGGCCACACCACCAAGUGGCACGCCUGCUGCACCAUCGCGCCCGUCCAGGACGAGGAAGGGGAGCCCGGGUCCAACCAGAACUCCAUGAUCGAGCAGGACCCCUCGAGUGACAGCGACACGGAGUCCGACGAGUACACCGGCGACGACGAGGACCUGCUGGAGAACACCAAGAUCCAUCUGCCGCACGCGCACGUCAUCUCCUUCCAGAAGAGGCAGGCGCUAGUGACAUACCUGGAGAACAACAGAGCCGGGAUCACUGUGUUCGGCUUCACGCUGGACCGGUCGUACCUGCACACGAUAUUCAUGCUCGAGUGGACGCUGUUCCUGUGGUUGCUCGGCAAGACAAUCGGCUUCUCUUGAAGGGGAAAGGAAGAAGAAGGUGCAGAUACACACGUCGUCCAGGUGGUCGUUCGUUCUUGGAAGCUGAAACGAGUUUUGGGUGCAAUUUUUUUGGUGAUCGAUGAGUUGUGCAUUUGUUUGAUCGCUGUGAAAUGGGUAAGGCCCUGUUGUGGAUGUCUGUAUAGUAGCGAUUUGUAUGCCAUCUGUAAAUUGCGUGUUGAUUACCCAUGCCACGGCCACCCUGCCAUGUAAAUGGGGGUUGUAGAGUAUCUGUUGGGGUUUGCAGGAUUGCAUGGCUAUUUUGGUGCGCGCGCCAUGCGUGCAGGUUGCAGCUUGGCGUUGCGGGUUUACAAUCUCGUGUUGUAAGCGUAGAGAAAUUUUUUAGGAUGUGAUGAUUCUUGGGUUCUUUUUAUUAGUAUAUAACAUACAUACUCAUACGAAGAUUUUUAAUAUGGUUCA